CACAACAUUCAGUGCAUGGAGUGCCCGUGGCGUGGAGAAGAUCAUCAUAUCAUUCUGCCUUGAAUUAAUUCAAGAAAAAAGAAAAAAAAAAAAAAACGGCUCUCAGACAGGAACCGGCUCUUAUCUUUCAAUUAAAAGAGUCGGCUCUUUGAACCGACUCGUUUGUGACCAGCCCAUCUCUAGUCUGGAGCAUCACAUCACAACAUUGUCCUGCUGCUUUGUUCGAGGGGACAGAAAAGCAUCGCACUUGUCUUCGAUGAAGUGUGUAUGAAACCAGGCAAUGUCCACCAUGGUGUAUCCACGUGAAGAAGCUUUGGAGCGACUGAGCCAGGAUGAGAUCGUCCUUAACACUAAGGCCGUCAUGCAGGGCCUGGAGACGCUGCGCGGCGAACACGCCCAGCUCCUCAACUCGCUGCUGGACUGCACCCAGCCGCCCGCCGCCCAGGAGAAAUCUGGGCUGCUCCGCAAGAGUCUGGAGGCCAUCGAGCUGGGCCUGGGAGAGGCACAGGUGAUCAUCGCCCUGUCGAGCCACCUGAGCGCCGUGGAGUCUGAGAAGCAGAAGCUGCGCGCCCAGGUGCGUCGGCUCUGCCAGGAGAACCAGUGGCUGCGUGACGAGCUGGCGGGGACGCAGCACAAGCUGCAGCGCAGCGAGCAGAGCGUCGCCCAGCUUGAGGAGGAGAAGAAGCACCUGGAGUUCAUGAACCAGAUUAAGAAGUUCGACGACGACGUCUCGCCCUCGGAGGAGAAGAGCCAGAGCGCCGGUGGCGGCGGUGGAAGCGGGAGCGGAGGAGACACUUCAAAGGACAAUCUGGAUGACUUGUUCCCCAACGAUGAUGACCAGGGACCAGCGCAGCCCAGCGGCGAGGUGGCUGCCCAGCAGGGAGGCUACGAGAUCCCGGCCCGCCUCAGGACGCUGCACAACCUGGUGAUCCAGUACGCCUCCCAGGGGAGGUACGAGGUGGCCGUGCCGCUGUGCAAACAAGCCCUGGAGGACCUGGAGAAGACGUCUGGACACGACCACCCCGACGUGGCCACCAUGCUCAACAUCCUGGCUUUGGUGUACAGGGAUCAGAAUAAAUACAAAGAAGCGGCUCACCUCCUGAAUGAUGCGCUGGCUAUCAGAGAGAAGACGCUGGGGAAGGAUCAUCCAGCGGUGGCCGCAACCCUCAACAACCUGGCGGUCCUGUACGGCAAGAGGGGCAAAUACAAGGAGGCUGAACCUCUCUGCAAGAGAGCGCUGGAGAUCAGAGAGAAGGUGUUGGGGAAAUACCACCCAGAUGUAGCCAAGCAGCUGAACAACCUGGCCCUGCUGUGCCAGAACCAGGGCAAGUACGACGAGGUGGAGUACUACUACAGACGAGCCCUGGAGAUCUACGAGUCCAAACUGGGAGCUGACGACCCCAACGUGGCCAAGACCAAAAAUAACCUGGCUACGUGCUACCUGAAGCAGGGGAAGUUCAAAGAUGCCGAGGCUCUGUACAAAGAGAUCCUGACCAGGGCACACGAGAAGGAGUUUGGAUCCGUCAACAAUGACAACAAGCCAAUCUGGAUGCACGCAGAGGAGAGAGAGGAGAGCAAGGGUAAACGUAAGGACUCUGGCCCGUAUGUAGAGUAUGGAAGCUGGUAUAAAGCCUGCAAGGUGGACAGCCCGACAGUGAACACAACCCUGAAAAGCUUGGGAGCUCUGUACCGUCGCCAGGGCAAACUGGAGGCAGCAGAAACACUGGAGGAGUGCGCCAGCAAGUCACGUAAACAGGGUAUUGAUGCCAUUAACCAGAGUAAGGUGGUGGAGCUGCUGAAGGACGGUGGAGGCGGAGGAGGCGACAGACGACACAGCAGGGAAGGAUUCAAUGGGCCAGGGGGACAGCGGGGAGAGAACGAGGGCGACGACUCCGCUGAGUGGAACGGGGAUGGUAACGGGUCUCUGCGUCGCAGCGGCUCCUUCGGGAAGAUUCGUGACGCCCUGAGAAGGAGCAGCGAGAUGCUGGUGAAGAAGCUGCAGGGGAGCGGACCGCAAGAACCACGCAACCCAGGAAUGAAGAGAGCAAGCUCCCUCAACUUCCUCAACAAGAGCAAUGAGGAGACCACACAGGACGCCAACUCCGGACUCUCGGACUGCAGGGGACUAAGCGCCAGCAACGUGGACCUAUCCAGACGCAGCUCCCUGAUUGGCUAGACAGAGACGGAAGGCGGGACUCAGGAGACACAGAGCGGCCCGGCGAGGAGAGGCUGUUUGCAGCUCGGUUUGAUCAAACAAACACACUUAAAGCUCAAAGCGAGAUCAAACACUUGCACCUGCAGCAUAUUUUUUAAAGAACACUGAGAGAGAGAAAAAACACACUAAACGUCAUCCUGUAAGACACGGCCGCCGCCGCCGCUGCUUCGCUGUACAAACCGUUGCCAUCUACCACUAAAGAGAAUAUUUAGAUACACAUUAAUCAGCAUGCUGCUUACUAGAACGUGGAAUGUCUGCACCUGAACGCCUCGUGUUUUUGACUCAUAGCACCGUAGCAAAGCAUCGCAUCCACAUCGUGAUGAGUCCGUCUCUUCAUGUGCAGACACUCAACCUUACGUAGGCUAAAUGUACUCCGGGUUCAGUUCAGAGAGAAGCGUUGCACUCUGUAUAUUUCACCAGUAGCAUGAAGUAUCUGCUGAUGCUAAACGCCCAUUGAAUGCAUAUCACAGAUGGUUAAACAUUUUAACAGGGGAAGUCAGAGGUAUAAAAGAGAAUA